AUGGACUUUUUGAUACAACCCAGUGAUCCUGGAAACUCUAAAGAUCAUAAUCUCAUUUGGAAGCUGAUUUCCAUUAGUUUUGUGAUCGUCAUUGUUGUUUUGGGAUUUUGCAUUUUGUAUUUAUGGAUCAAACUGAAAUCGGUGAUAAGAAAAAUCAGGAAUCCAAGAAAUGACGCUGAAUUGGAAACUUGUGAACCGAUGUUACCAAUAAUCGAGCCAGUGAAUGAGCCGGAGCAGGUUGUCAUGGAAAUUCCAAAUGAACAUCAGAAUGCCAACACUUGGAAUUUGGAAUAUGUCCAUCAGAUUGAAGAGAACGUUUAUCAUACUCUUGGGUUGGGAUACAUCACAAUGCUAAGAAGAAAUCGUUCCACCGACCCAGAACAGCAAAAAGUAAUCAAAGAUGAGUUGAGAUUCCUCACUGAAGGUAUAGAAAGGCACCCCAAUUUGUUAACAUUCAUCGGACAUGAGGAGAAUGGAUCCCGAAUUUCAAUUUACAUGGAACAUCCAGAAGGAGGGAACCUUUUGAAGUUUGUCAAAAGAUUCGAUGAUUCAAACUUUGGGAACCAUCUGAGAAAUGUUGGGUACGAAAACACUCACUGGGUUCUGGAUAGCAGAUUGACCACACUCUGCACAUUUGACUUGCUUUCCUUUUCAUGGCAAAUCGCGAAUGGAAUGAAAUAUUUGGCUGGAAAUGAAUUUGUUCAUCGUUGGCUUACGCUCAAAAACGUCUUUGUGACCGCUAACAAAACUAUUCGAAUUGGGAAUUUCAAUUUGACUCGCCGGUUUGGAAAUAAUCCUUACUACGCAAUUGUCACUCAACGAACACAACUCGACCUUCAUCAUCAAGCACCUGAAUUGAACUCAAAUGAAAAUCGAUUUUCGGAGCAAUCCGAUGUUUGGUCAUAUGCUGUAAGCAUUUGGCGACUUUGGACCCUUGGGAAAAUUCCAUAUGAGGGCGUUGAGAAUGUUGAAGAAUUCAUAGGGGAUGGAGGUCGACUUUCAAAACCGGAAUACGCUCAUCAGGAAGUGUACCAUUACAUGUUGGAGUGUUGGAAAAGGGAAAAACUAGACAGGCCAACUUUUAGUAAACUCACUGAGUUCUUCGAAAAUCAUAUGGACAGCCAUGGGCUUCAGAUCAAAAGACAAAUCGAUCAAAAACUUGAAGCAUCGAGAACUGUUCAAGAGGCGAUGGAAGCUUCGGGAUGA